AUGGGUCCCCGUCUGGGACGUUGCUUUCCCUACUCCGAGACCAGUCACUUCCUCCCGGGGACUUCUCCCUCCGGUGUGCGGCACUGCUGGCGUGAACUGGGUGGGCGUUUCCCGCACGAACGGGUGGGCCCGCCCCCAGGGUCUAUUCUGGCAAAUAUAAUUGGACCCCGCGCUCACGCCCCGCCCGCGCGCGCCCAAAUCCCAGGGGGACAGCACACCGGCUGGGAUGCUGCUUUCCGCUCCGAGACCAGUCACUUCCUCCCAGGGACUUCUCCUUCCGGUCAAAACUGUGGAGGCUUAGUACAGGGUCCAAAUGGCACCAUCGAAAGCCCAGGAUUUCCUCAUGGCUAUCCAAACUACGCUAACUGCACCUGGAUUAUUAUCACAGGAGAACGCAAUAGGAUACAGCUAUCUUUUCAUACUUUUGCUCUUGAAGAAGAUUUUGAUAUUUUAUCAGUUUACGAUGGACAGCCCCAACAAGGGAAUUUAAAAGUGAGAUUAUCAGGAUUUCAGCUACCCUCCUCCAUCGUCAGCACAGGAUCUAUCCUCACUCUGUGGUUGACGACAGACUUUGCCGUGAGUGCCCAAGGUUUUAAAGCCCUGUAUGAAGUUUUACCUAGCCACACCUGUGGAAAUCCUGGGGAGAUAUUAAAAGGAGUUCUCCACGGAACAAGGUUCAACAUAGGAGACAAAAUCCGAUACAGCUGUCUCUCUGGUUAUAUCUUGGAAGGACAUGCAAUUCUGACCUGCAUUGUUAGCCCUGGGAAUGGCGCAUCAUGGGAUUUUCCAGCUCCAUUUUGCAGAGCUGAGGGAGCUUGUGGAGGGACCUUACGUGGAACCAGCAGCACCAUUUCCAGCCCUCACUUCCCUUCGGAAUACGAGAACAACGCUGACUGUACGUGGACCAUUCUUGCCGAGCCGGGGGACACCAUAGCUUUAGUCUUCACUGACUUUCAAUUAGAAGAAGGAUAUGAUUUCCUAGAGAUCAGUGGAACGGAAGCACCAUCUAUAUGGCUGACCGGCAUGAACCUUCCUUCCCCUGUCAUCAGUAGCAAGAAUUGGUUACGACUUCAUUUCACAUCUGACAGUAACCAUCGUCGCAAAGGAUUUAAUGCCCAGUUUCAAGUGAAAAAGGCAAUUGAAUUGAAGUCAAGAGGAGUCAAGAUGCUUCCCAGCAAGGACAGUAGCCAUAAAAACUCUGUCUUGAGUCAAGGAGGUGUUGCUUUGGUCUCUGACAUGUGUCCAGAUCCUGGAAUUCCAGAAAAUGGCAAGAGAGCAGGCUCUGACUUCAGCAGGGUUGGUGCAAAUGUCCAGUUCUCUUGUGAGGACAAUUAUGUGCUCCAGGGCUCCAAGAGCCUCACCUGUCAGAGGGUCACGGAAACACUUGCUGCAUGGAGUGACCACCGUCCAAUCUGCCGAGCUAGAACAUGUGGAUCCAAUCUGCGUGGACCCAGCGGCGUCAUCACGUCCCCCAAUUACCCAGUACAGUAUGAAGACAAUGCACACUGUGUGUGGGUUAUCACUACCACAGAUCCAGACAAGGUCAUCAAGCUUGCCUUUGAAGAGUUUGAACUGGAACGAGGAUAUGAUACCCUCACAGUAGGGGAUGCUGGGAAAGUGGGUGACACCAGGACAGUCCUAUAUGUGUUGACUGGGUCCAGUGUUCCUGACCUCAUUGUCAGCAUGACCAACCAGAUGUGGCUGCACCUGCAGUCUGACGAUAGCAUCGGCUCCCCUGGAUUCAAAGCUGUUUACCAAGAAAUCGAAAAGGGAGGAUGUGGAGACCCCGGAAUUCCUGCCUAUGGGAAACGGACGGGCAGUAGUUUUCUCCACGGAGAUGUCCUGACGUUUGAGUGCCAGGCUGCGUUCGAGCUGGUGGGGGAGAGAGUUAUCACCUGUCAGCAGAACAAUCAGUGGUCUGGCAACAAGCCCAGUUGUGUAUUUUCAUGUUUCUUCAACUUUACUGCACCGUCAGGGAUUAUUCUCUCACCAAAUUAUCCAGAGGAAUAUGGUAACAACAUGAACUGUGUUUGGUUGAUUAUAUCUGAGCCUGGAAGCAGAAUUCACCUCAUUUUUAAUGAUUUUGAUGUGGAACCUCAGUUUGACUUCCUUGCAGUCAAAGACGACGGGAUUUCUGAUAUAACAGUUCUUGGUACUUUUUCUGGCAAUGAAGUGCCUUCCCAGCUGGCCAGCAGUGGGCACAUAGUCCGCUUGGAAUUUCAGUCUGAUCACUCUACUACUGGCAGGGGGUUCAACAUCACUUACACAACAUUUGGUCAGAAUGAGUGCCACGAUCCCGGUAUCCCUAUAAAUGGACGGCGUUUUGGUGAUAGGUUUCUCCUUGGGAGUUCGGUUUCCUUCCACUGUGAUGACGGCUUUGUCAAAACCCAAGGGUCGGAGUCCAUCACCUGCACCCUGCAGGAUGGAAAUGUCGUAUGGAGUGCCACCGUUCCCCGGUGCGAAGCACCAUGUGGUGGACAUCUGACAGCUUCAAGUGGAGUUAUUUUGCCUCCUGGAUGGCCAGGAUAUUAUAAAGAUUCCUUAAAUUGUGAAUGGAUAAUUGAAGCAAAACCGGGACAUUCUAUCAAAAUAACUUUCGAUAGAUUUCAGACUGAAGUCAAUUACGACACACUGGAAGUCCGAGAUGGGUCAGCGAAUUCCUCCCCACUGAUCGGAGAGUACCACGGCACGCAAGCGCCACAGUUCCUCAUAAGCACAGGGAAUUUCAUGUACCUACUUUUCACCACAGACAAUAGCCGCUCCAAUGUUGGCUUCCUCAUUCACUAUGAAAGUGUGACUUUAGAGUCAGAUUCUUGCCUUGAUCCUGGAAUUCCUGUGAACGGUCAUCGCCAUGGCAAUAAUCUUGGCAUCGGGUCUACCGUGACUUUCAGCUGCGAUCCAGGAUAUACGCUAAGUGAUGACGAACCCCUUAUCUGUGAGAGGAACCAUCAGUGGAACCAUGCGUUACCUAGCUGUGACGCCCUAUGUGGAGGCUAUAUCCAGGGGAAGAGUGGAACAGUCCUUUCUCCUGGCUUUCCAGAUUUUUAUCCAAACUCCCUAAACUGUACAUGGACCAUUGAAGUGUCUCAUGGAAAGGGAGUUCAGCUGAUCUUCCACACUUUUCACCUUGAGAGUUCCCAUGACUAUUUACUCAUCACAGAGGACGGAAGUUUUACAGAGCCUGUGGCCAGACUCACGGGUUCUGUAUUGCCCCAUACUAUUAAAGCAGGUCUCUUUGGAAACUUCACUGCCCAGCUUCGGUUUAUAUCAGACUUCUCGAUUUCCUACGAGGGCUUCAACAUCACAUUUUCAGAAUACGACUUAGAACCAUGUGACGAUCCUGGUGUCCCUGCCUUCAGCCGAAGGAUCGGUUUUCACUUUGGAGUUGGAGAUGCGCUGACUUUCUCCUGCUUCCCAGGAUAUCGCCUAGAAGGUGCAACCAAGCUUAUCUGCCUGGGUGGGGGCCGUCGUGUGUGGAGUGCGCCUCUGCCAAGGUGUGUGGCUGAAUGUGGAGCAAGCGUCAAAGGAAACGAAGGAACAUUACUGUCUCCAAACUUCCCAUCAAAUUAUGAUAAUAACCACGAGUGUAUCUAUAAAAUAGAAACGGAAGCUGGCAAGGGGAUCCGUCUCAGAGCCCGAAGCUUUCAGCUGUUUGAAGGAGAUAUUCUAAAGGUUUACGAUGGAAAAGAUAGUUCAUCCCGUCCACUGGGAGCCUUCACGAAAAACGAAAUGAUGGGACUGAUUCUAAACAGCACGUCUAACCACCUGUGGCUGGAAUUCAACACCAACGGAUCUGACACUGACCAAGGUUUUCAACUCACUUACACUAGCUUUGAUCUGGUAAAAUGUGAAGACCCAGGAGUUCCUAACUACGGCUACAAGAUCCGAGAUGAAGGCCACUUUACUGACACCACGGUUCUGUACAGUUGUAACCCAGGGUACGCCAUGCACGGCGGCAACACUCUGACCUGCCUGAGUGGAGACCGCAGGGUAUGGGAUAAACCGCUGCCAUCUUGCGUAGCGGAAUGUGGUGGUCGGAUCCACGUGGCCACUUCGGGGCGCAUAUUGUCUCCAGGUUACCCAGCUCCCUAUGACAACAACCUCCACUGCACUUGGAUUAUAGAGGCUGACCCAGGAAAGACCAUCAGCCUUCAUUUCAUUGUUUUUGACACUGAGACGGCUCACGAUAUCCUCAAGGUUUGGGAUGGUCCAGUAGACAGCAACAUCCUGCUGAAGGAGUGGAGCGGCUCUGCCCUUCCCGAGGACAUCCACAGCACCUUCAAUUCACUCACUCUACAGUUUGACAGUGACUUUUUCAUCAGCAAGUCAGGCUUCUCCAUCCAGUUCUCAACAACGAUUGCGUCAACCUGCAACGAUCCAGGUGUGCCUCAGAAUGGCACACGCUAUGGUGACAGUAGAGAGCCUGGAGACACCAUCACGUUCCAGUGUGACCCUGGAUACCAGCUCCAAGGGCGAGCUAAAGUCACCUGUGUGCAGCUAAAUAACCGAUUCUUCUGGCAGCCAGAUCCCCCUACAUGCAUAGCCGCAUGUGGAGGGAAUCUGACCGGCCCGGCUGGUGUUAUUUUAUCACCUAACUACCCACAACCCUAUCCUCCUGGGAAAGAAUGCGACUGGAGAGUAAAAGUGAACCCAGACUUUGUAAUUGCCUUGAUAUUCAAAAGUUUCAAUAUGGAGCCCAGCUACGAUUUCCUGCAUAUCUAUGAAGGAGAGGAUUCCAACAGCCCUCUCAUCGGAAGUUUUCAGGGCUCUCAAGCCCCAGAAAGAAUAGAAAGCAGUGGGAAUAGUCUUUUUCUGGCAUUUCGGAGUGAUGCAUCUGUGGGCUUGUCAGGAUUCGCCAUUGAAUUUAAAGAGAAACCACGGGAAGCAUGUUUUGAUCCUGGAAAUAUAAUGAAUGGGACAAGAAUUGGAACAGACUUCAAACUUGGCUCGACAGUUACUUACCAGUGUGACUCUGGAUAUAAGAUUGUUGACCCGUCAUCCAUCACAUGUGUGAUUGGUGCAGAUGGAAAACCAGCCUGGAACAGAGUCUUACCCUCUUGUAAUGCUCCCUGUGGAGGCCAGUACACUGGAUCAGAAGGGGUCCUUCUGUCACCAAACUACCCUCACAAUUACACAGCUGGUCAAAUAUGCCUCUAUUCCAUAACGGUACCAAAGGAAUUUGUGGUGUUUGGACAGUUUGCCUAUUUUCAGACAGCUCUGAACGAUUUGGCAGAGUUGUUCGAUGGGACACAUCCACAGGCCAGACUUCUCAGCUCGCUCUCUGGGUCUCAUUCAGGCGAAACACUGCCUUUGGCUACGUCCAAUCAAAUCCUGCUGCGAUUCAGCGCAAAAAGUGGUGCGUCUGCCAGGGGGUUCCAUUUUGUUUACCAAGCUGUUCCUCGUACCAGUGAUACCCAGUGCAGCUCGGUCCCAGAGCCCAGAUAUGGAAGGAGAAUUGGUUCUGAAUUUUCAGCAGGUUCGAUUGUGCGGUUUGAAUGUAACCCAGGAUACCUGCUUCAGGGUUCCACAGCUAUCCGCUGUCGGUCUGUGCCCAACGCUCUGGCUCAGUGGAAUGACUCCGUCCCAAGCUGUGUAGUUCCCUGCAGUGGUAAUUUCACUCAGCGGAGAGGUACGGUCCUGUCCCCUGGGUACCCUGAACCAUACGGCAACAACUUAAACUGUGUGUGGAAAAUCACAGUUACAGAGGGGUCAGGAAUUCAGGUUCAAGUGAUCAGCUUUGCCACGGAACAGAACUGGGACUCUCUUGAGAUUUAUGAUGGUGGUGACAUGACUGCACCUAGACUAGGAAGUUUUUCAGGUACCACCGUGCCAGCAUUACUGAACAGCACUUCCAACCAACUCUACUUACAUUUUCAAUCUGAUAUUAGUGUGGCAGCUGCUGGCUUUCACCUGGAAUACAAAACUGUAGGUCUUGCUGCCUGCCAAGAGCCAGCCCUUCCGAGCAAUGGCAUCAAAACAGGAGAUCGAUACAUGGUGAACGAUGUCCUAUCUUUUCAGUGUGAGCCCGGCUACACAUUACAGGGCCGUUCCCACAUUUCUUGUAUGCCAGGAACUGUCCGUCGCUGGAACUACCCUUCUCCCCUUUGCGUUGCCACUUGUGGAGGAACGUUGAGCAGCCUGAGUGGAGUGAUCCUGAGUCCUGGAUUUCCAGGCGCUUACCCCAACAACUUAGACUGCACUUGGAAGAUCACAUUGCCCAUUGGCUACGGUGCACAUAUUCAGUUUCUGAAUUUCUCUACCGAAGCUAAUCAUGACUAUCUGGAAAUUCAGAAUGGACCAUAUCACACCAGCCCUAUGAUUGGGCAGUUCAGUGGUUCGGACCUACCCUCAGCAUUGCUGAGUACAACACAUGAAACACUGAUCCACUUCUACAGCGACCAUUCGCAGAACCGGCAGGGAUUUAAACUUGCUUACCAAGCGUAUGAAUUACAGAACUGCCCAGAUCCUCCUCCAUUUCAAAAUGGGUAUAUGAUCAACUCGGAGUAUAGUGUAGGACAAUCAAUAUCUUUUGAGUGUUAUCCUGGAUAUGUCCUAAUCGGCCAUCCGGUCCUCACUUGUCAGCACGGCAUCAACAGAAAUUGGAACCAUCCUUUUCCAAGAUGUGAUGCUCCUUGUGGAUAUAAUGUCACCUCUCAGAAUGGUACCAUUUAUUCCCCUGGGUUCCCAGAUGAAUAUCCAAUUUUGAAGGACUGCAUUUGGCUCAUCACUGUGCCUCAGGGACAUGGAGUUUACAUCAACUUCACCUUACUGCAGACUGAAGCUGUUAAUGAUUACAUUGCUGUUUGGGAUGGUCCUGACCAGAACUCACCUCAGCUGGGAGUUUUCAGUGGAAAUACAGCCCUCGAAACCGCAUAUAGUUCCACCAAUCAAGUCCUGCUCAAGUUUCACAGUGACUUUUCAAAUGGAGGUUUCUUUGUCCUCAAUUUUCAUGCUUUUCAGCUCAAGAAAUGCCAGCCUCCCCCAGCAGUUCCACUAGCAGAAAUACUGACUGAAGAUGAGGAUUUUGAAAUAGGAGAUUUUGUGAAGUACCAGUGCCAUCCUGGGUAUACGUUAUCAGGGACCGACACACUGAUCUGCAAGCUAAGUUCUCAGUUGCAGUUUGAAGGCUCUCUUCCAACAUGUGAAGCACAAUGCCCAGCAAACGAAGUCCGCACGGAAUCGUCGGGAGUGAUCCUCAGCCCGGGAUAUCCAGGCAACUAUUUCAACUCUCAGACCUGCUCUUGGACUAUUAAAGUGGAGCCAAACUAUAACAUUACCAUCUUUGUGGAUUUGUUUCAAAGUGAAAAGCAGUUUGACACCCUGGAAGUAUUUGAUGGUUCUUCUGGGCAAAGUCCUCUGUUAGUCGUCUUAAGCGGGAACCAUACUGAACAAUCAAAUUUUACAAGCAAGAGUAAUCAGUUAUAUCUCCGCUGGUCCACUGAUCAUGCAACCAGUAAAAAGGGAUUCAAGAUUCGUUACGCAGCUCCUUACUGCAGUUUGACUCACACCCUGAAGAAUGGUGGUGUUGUAAAUAGGACUGCAGGAACAGUCGGAAGUAAAGUGCAUUAUUUCUGCAAACCUGGCUACAGAAUGAUCGGCCGCAGCAACGCAACGUGUACGCGGAGCCCAGCUGGCACGUAUCAGUGGGAUUCCCUCACUCCACUCUGCCAGGCUGUGUCCUGUGGAAUUCCCGAAUCCCCAGGAAAUGGUUCAUUUACGGGUAAUGAGUUCACUUUGGACAGUAAAUUGAUAUAUGAAUGUAAUGAGGGCUUCAAGCUUGAGGCUAGUCAACAAGCAACAGCAGUGUGUCAAGAAGAUGGAUUAUGGAGUAACAAAGGGAAGCCACCUACUUGCAAACCGGUAACUUGCCCUAGUCUGGAAGCUCAGCUCUCAGAGCACAUCAUCUGGAGGCUGGUUUCUGGAUCACUGAAUGAAUAUGGUGCCCAAGUAGUGCUGAGCUGCAGUCCUGGUUAUUAUCUAGAGGGCAGAAGGCUCGUCCAGUGCCAAGCUAAUGGGACAUGGAGCAUAAUGGAGGAGAGGCCACGUUGUAAGGUUAUCUCAUGUGGAAGCCUGUCCUUUCCUCCAAAUGGUAACAAGAUUGGAACGCUGACAAUUUAUGGAGCCACCGCCAUAUUUACUUGUAACACGGGUUACACACUUGUGGGCUCUCACGUCAGAGAAUGUUUAGCAAACGGACUCUGGAGUGGCACUGAAACACGAUGUCUGGCUGGCCACUGCGGUUCUCCGGAUCCGGUUGUGAACGGCCAUAUCAGUGGAGAUGGCUUCAGUUACAGGGACACAGUGGUUUAUCAGUGCAAUCCUGGCUUCCGGCUUGUUGGGACUUCAGUUAGGAUAUGCCUGCAAGACCACAAAUGGUCUGGACAAACUCCUGUUUGUGUCCCCAUUACAUGCGGUCACCCUGGAAACCCUGCCCAUGGGUUCACGAAUGGCAGUGAGUUCAACCUGAAUGAUGUUGUGAACUUCACUUGCAACACUGGCUAUUUGCUACAGGGUGCAUCUCGAGCCCAGUGUCGGAGCAACGGGCAGUGGAGUAGCUCUUUGCCUACUUGUCGAGUGGUGAACUGUUCAGAUCCAGGCUUUGUGGAAAACGCCAUUCGUCAGGGGCAACAGAAUUUCCCCGAGAGUUUUGAAUACGGAAUCAGUAUCAUGUAUCACUGCAAGAAGGGGUUUUACUUGUUGGGGUCAUCUGCCUUAACCUGCAUGGCAAAUGGCUUAUGGGAUCGUUCUUUACCCAAGUGUUUGGCAAUAUCAUGUGGACAUCCAGGGGUUCCUGCCAAUGCUAUCCUAACUGGAGAGCUGUUCACAUACGGAACCGUAGUUCACUACUCAUGCAAAGGAAGCCGGAGUCUUAUAGGCAACAACACUAGAGUUUGCCAAGAAGACAGUCACUGGAGUGGAACACUGCCCCACUGUACAGGAAAUAAUCCUGGAUUUUGUGGUGAUCCAGGGACCCCAGCACAUGGCUCCAGGCUUGGGGAUGAAUUUAAGACAAAGAGCCUUCUCCGUUUUUCCUGUGAAAUGGGCUACCAGCUGAGGGGCUCUCCUGAGCGAACAUGUUUGCUUAAUGGUUCAUGGUCAGGACUGCAGCCUGUGUGUGAAGCUGUGUCCUGUGGAAACCCUGGCACCCCCACCAAUGGCAUGAUCAUCAGUAGCGAUGGCAUACUGUUCUCCAGCUCCGUCAUCUAUGCUUGUUGGGAAGGUUAUAAGACCUCAGGGCUGAUGACUCGGCACUGCACCGCCAACGGGACCUGGACUGGCACAGCCCCUGACUGCACAAUUAUAAGUUGUGGUGAUCCAGGCACACUGGCAAAUGGCAUCCAGUUUGGGACUGAUUUCACCUUCAAUAAGACUGUUAGCUAUCAAUGUAAUCCUGGUUAUCUUAUGGAACCCGUCACUUCAUCUACUAUUCAUUGUACAAAAGACAGUACAUGGAAUCAGAGCAAGCCUGUCUGCAAAGCUGUCAUGUGCAGUCAGCCUCCUCAAGUACAGCAUGGAAAAGUGGAGGGGUCUGACUUCCAUUGGGGCUCCAGCAUAAGUUACAGUUGUGCUGAUGGCUACCAGCUUUCUCAGUCAGCCAUCCUCUCCUGUGAAGGCCGUGGGGUGUGGAAAGGAGAAAUUCCUCAGUGUCUGCCUGUGUUCUGUGGAGACCCUGGCACUCCUGCAGAGGGGAGACUUAUUGGGAAAAGCUUCACCUAUAAGUCUGAAGUCUUCUUUCAGUGUAAAUCUCCAUUUAUACUUGUGGGAUCUUCAAGAAGAAUCUGCCAAGCUGAUGGCACAUGGAGUGGCAUACAACCCACGUGUAUAGAUCCUGCACAUAAUACCUGCCCAGACCCUGGUACCCCACAUUUUGGAAUACAGAACAGCUCUAGAGGAUAUGAGGUUGGAAGCACGGUGUUUUUCAAGUGCAGGAAAGGCUACCAUAUUCAAGGGUCAACAACUAGAACUUGCCUUGCAAAUUUAACGUGGAGUGGAAUCCAGACCGAGUGCAUACCUCACGCCUGCAGACAGCCAGAAACCCCAGCCCAUGCGGACGUGAGAGCAAUAGAUCUUCCUACUUUCGGCUACACCUUAGUGUACACCUGCCAUCCAGGGUUCUUCCUUGCGGGUGGAUCUGAACACAGGACAUGUAAACCAGAUAUGAAAUGGACAGGGAAAUCACCUGUUUGUAAAAGUAAAGGAGUGAGAGAAGUUAAUGAAACAGUUACUAAAACUCCAGUUCCUUCAGAUGUAUUUUUCAUCAAUUCAGUGUGGAAGGGAUAUUAUGAAUAUUUAGGAAAAAGACAACCUGCCACUUUAACCGUUGACUGGUUCAAUGCAACCAGUAGUAAGGUCAACGCGACCUUCGUUGAGACCUCUCAAGUGGAGCUAAAACUGACAGGAGUUUAUAAGAAGGAGGAAGCCCAUUUACUUCUGAAAGCUAUUCAAAUUAAAGGUCCAGUGGAUAUUUUCGUAAGCAAGUUUGAAAAUGACAACUGGGGAUUAGAUGGUUAUGUAUCAUCUGGUCUUGAAAGAGGAGGAUUUACUUUUCAAGGUGAUGUACAUGGAAAAGACUUUGGAAAAUUCAAACUAGAAAGACAAGAUCCCUUAAACUCCGAUCAAGAUUCUUCAAAUCAUUACCAUGGCACGAGCAGCGGUUCUGUCGCAGCGGCCAUUCUGGUUCCAUUCUUUGCUCUAAUUUUGUCAGGGUUUGCGUUUUACCUCUACAAACACAGAACAAGACCCAAAGUUCAGUACAAUGGCUAUGCCGGACAUGAAAACAGCAAUGGACAAGCUUCAUUUGAAAACCCCAUGUAUGAUACAAACUUAAAACCCACAGAAGCGAAGGCCGUGCGGUUUGACACGACUCUGAACACAGUUUGUACAGUGGUAUAGCCUUCAGUGCCCCAGUAGGACUGAUUCAUAGCCAUACCUCUGAUGGACAAGCAGUAAUUCCUU